UGCACGCAGGGCGCAGGCGCAGAAGGGCUUUACGGUGCGGCGUGCUGCUCCUGUUACCGGCAUGGGCCCCUCGCCACCGCUGCUGAUUCUGCCGCUGCUCCUGUCUGGCCCGUGGCUCGAGCUAGGGAAUGGGCAGGCUACCAGCAUGGUCCAGCUACCAGGUGGGAGAUUCCAGAUGGGAACAAAUUCACCAGAUGGCAGAGAUGGUGAAGGGCCUGUCCGGGAGGUGACAGUAAAACCCUUUGCCAUUGAUGUAUUUCCUGUCACCAACAAAGAUUUCAGGGAGUUCGUCAGGGAAAAAAAGUACCGGACAGAGGCUGAGGAGUUUGGAUGGAGUUUUGUCUUUGAGGACUUUGUCUCGGAUGAGCUUAGAAACAAAGUGGCCCAUCAGAUGGAGUCUGUUCUCUGGUGGCUUCCAGUGGAAAGGGCAUUCUGGAGACAGCCUGCAGGUCCUGGCUCUGGCAUCCGAGAGAGACUGGAGCUCCCAGUGGUACACGUGAGCUGGAAUGACGCUCGUGCCUACUGUGCUUGGCGGGGGAAACGGCUGCCCACCGAGGAAGAGUGGGAGUUUGCUGCCCGAGGGGGCUUGACGGGUCAGGUUUACCCAUGGGGAAACCAGUUCCAGCCAAACCGCACCAACCUAUGGCAGGGAAAGUUCCCCAAGGGUGACAAAGCUGAGGAUGGCUUCCAUGGAGUCUCCCCAGUGAAUGCUUUCCCCCCACAGAAUAACUAUGGGCUCUAUGACCUCAUGGGCAACGUGUGGGAGUGGACGGCAUCACCAUACCCGGCCACUGACCAGGACAUGCGUGUCCUCCGGGGGGCAUCCUGGAUCGACACAGCUGAUGGCUCCGCCAACCACCGGGCCCGGGUCACCACCAGGACAAAGUAAUGGAGAAGAUACUAGCCUGGGAACCAGGAAGCUGGGUUUGCCACUGAAUCUCUUGUGCCCAUGAAGCAGUAGUUGGCUCUGGGCAGGAUAUUUACAUCUUUCUAGUAUCUGCUGGGUCUCUAAAAUGGUGAACAGACCCUCCCUUCCAGAGCUAUUGAGAAAUGGCAAAUGAAGGAGCAUAUGUGAAAGUUCAUUAAAAAGUAUGAAGUACUCACUGGCACUACAACAUUUUGCU